AGGCAGAGCAUUUCUUCUAACCAUUUUCCUCUCUUGGAAUGAGAGCUCUUUCAUUACUACAUCACUGAACUAUUCCAUUUCUCUCUUCCUCUUCACAUCUAGCCAGCCAUGGGUGGUGAUAAAACACUCAGUCUCCAAGAAAUCAAGAAUGAGACUGUUGAUCUGGAGAAAGUCCCAAUUGAGGAAGUGUUUGAGCAACUGAAAUGCACCAGGGAGGGACUGAGUGCCGACGAAGGGACCAACAGGCUUCAAAUUUUUGGCCCCAACAAGUUGGAAGAGAAGAAGGAAAGCAAAUUUCUCAAGUUCCUUGGUUUCAUGUGGAAUCCACUCUCUUGGGUCAUGGAGGCUGCAGCUAUCAUGGCCAUUGCGCUGGCUAAUGGAGGCGGAAAGCCCCCGGAUUGGCAGGAUUUCGUUGGUAUUGUUUGCCUGCUUGUUAUCAACUCUACUAUAAGUUUCAUCGAGGAGAACAACGCAGGAAAUGCUGCUGCAGCCCUUAUGGCUGGUCUUGCUCCCAAAACAAAGGUUCUCAGGGAUGGUCGAUGGAGUGAGCAGGAAGCUGCUAUUCUGGUACCUGGAGACAUUAUCAGCAUUAAGCUGGGAGAUAUUGUCCCUGCUGAUGCUCGUCUUCUUGAAGGCGAUCCUUUAAAGAUUGACCAGUCUGCUCUCACAGGAGAAUCCCUUCCAGUGACCAAGAACGCGUAUGAUGAAGUUUUCUCUGGCUCGACUUGCAAACAGGGUGAACUAGAAGCAGUAGUUAUUGCCACCGGUGUUCACACUUUCUUUGGAAAGGCGGCACAUCUAGUGGACAGCACCAACCAGGUGGGACACUUUCAGAAAGUGCUCACUGCAAUCGGUAACUUCUGUAUCUGCUCCAUUGCUGUUGGUAUGGUGGCCGAGAUCAUAGUGAUGUACCCAAUCCAGCGCAGACCAUACAGAAAGGGGAUAGAUAACCUCCUUGUUCUUUUGAUUGGAGGUAUUCCCAUUGCUAUGCCCACUGUCUUGUCUGUCACCAUGGCUAUUGGAUCCCACAGGCUAUCGCAGCAGGGUGCUAUCACCAAGAGGAUGACUGCUAUUGAGGAAAUGGCUGGAAUGGAUGUCUUGUGUAGUGACAAGACUGGAACUUUGACCCUAAACAAAUUGACUGUUGAUAAAUCCUUGAUCGAGGUCUUUGCAAAGGGUGUGGAUCCCGAGCACGUGCUACUCCUUGCUGCAAGGGCAUCCAGAACUGAAAACCAAGAUGCUAUUGAUGCUGCCAUUGUUGGUACACUUGCUGAUCCAAAAGAGGCGAGAGCUGGUAUCAAAGAGGUUCACUUCUUCCCUUUCAACCCGGUGGACAAAAGGACUGCUUUGACAUACAUUGACAACCAAGGGAACUGGCACAGAGCUAGCAAGGGAGCUCCCGAACAGAUUUUGACCCUAUGCAACUGCAGAGAAGACUUAAAGAAAAAGGUUCACAGUGUUAUAGAUAAAUUUGCUGAGCGUGGACUUCGGUCUUUGGCUGUUGCCAGACAGGAAGUUCCAGAGAAAUCGAAGGAUGCCCCGGGUGGUCCAUGGCAAUUUAUUGGACUCUUAUCCCUUUUUGAUCCUCCCAGACAUGACAGUGCUGAGACCAUCCGCAGAGCUCUUAACCUCGGUGUUAAUGUUAAAAUGAUUACAGGUGACCAACUUGCCAUUGGUAAGGAGACUGGCCGUAGACUUGGUAUGGGAGUAAACAUGUAUCCAUCUGCUUCUUUACUGGGUAAUCACAAGGAUGAGUCUAUAGCCCACCUUCCUGUUGAAGAACUGAUUGAGAAGGCAGAUGGUUUUGCCGGGGUCUUCCCAGAGCACAAAUACGAAAUCGUGAAGAAACUGCAGGAGAGAAAGCAUAUUGUUGGAAUGACAGGCGAUGGUGUCAACGAUGCCCCUGCUUUGAAGAAGGCAGAUAUCGGAAUUGCUGUUGCUGACGCUACUGAUGCUGCAAGAAGUGCAUCUGACAUUGUGCUAACUGAACCUGGGCUUAGUGUUAUCAUUAGUGCAGUGCUGACCAGCAGAGCUAUCUUCCAGAGAAUGAAGAACUAUACAAUAUAUGCCGUGUCCAUCACCAUCCGUAUUGUGUUUGGCUUCAUGUUCCUUGCAUUAAUUUGGAAGUUUGAUUUCUCCCCCUUCAUGGUUUUGAUCAUUGCCAUUCUGAAUGAUGGUACAAUUAUGACCAUCUCUAAGGAUAGAGUGAAGCCAUCUCCAUUGCCUGAUAGCUGGAAGUUGAAAGAGAUUUUUGCCACUGGCAUAGUUCUUGGAGGCUAUCUUGCUCUAAUGACUGUCAUUUUCUUUUGGCUGAUCUACAAAACCGACUUUUUCCCAGACAAAUUUGGAGUCAGAACUAUCAGAGAUAACGAGGAAGAAAUGAUGGCUGCCGUAUACUUGCAAGUGAGUAUUGUUAGCCAAGCCCUUAUCUUCGUGACCAGAUCUCGCAGCUGGUCAUUUGUGGAACGCCCUGGAUUUCUUCUCUUGACUGCUUUCGCGAUUGCUCAACUGAUUGCAACUCUGAUAGCUGUGUAUGCCAACUGGGGCUUUGCAAGAAUUAAAGGAUGUGGUUGGGGAUGGGCUGGUGUUAUCUGGAUUUACAGCAUUGUCUUUUACGUGCCCCUCGACUUGAUGAAGUUCGCCAUCCGUUACGUCUUGAGUGGAAAGGCGUGGCAAAACCUGUUUGACAACAAGACUGCGUUCACGACCAAGAAAGAUUUUGGAAAAGAAGAGAGAGAAGCUCAAUGGGCUCAUGCUCAAAGAACUCUGCAUGGACUUCAAACACCAGAAUCUAACAAUAUCUUGAACGAGAAGAGCAGCUACCGUGAGUUGUCAGAAAUCGCAGAACAGGCUAAGAGGAGAGCCGAGAUUGCAAGGCUGCGCGAGCUGCAUACACUAAAGGGCCACGUUGAAUCUGUUGUGAAGCUGAAGGGGCUCGACAUUGAGACAAUCCAGCAGCAUUACACUGUCUAGACAGAAGCCUAAUGAAAUCACCGCGAGGAGCUGUUCCGGGGGCAAGAGAGUAUUUUCGAAGAACAGACGAUAACCUUUUAGAUAAAACUGUUCUUGAGAGGAGAACAUGAUGCCUGCUUCCUCAUUAUUUCUUCUGUUUCUUGUUUCUUAAUGUAAUGUCAGUUAAGCUGCCCUAGAAAAUGGGCUGAUCUUCAACUCUUUCAUAACUAAGGUUCUUCUAUUUUUCCAUCUUCA